UCUAAUGCCUGUAACUCACACCCGAGGCUGGGCCAGGGCUCCAGAGGGGAGACUUCCCUCAUGCUCAAGGCGGUUGCACCCAGGAGGAGCAAGGGGAAGGAGAGAGGGGCACUACCUCCUGCCAGCGUGAGCAGGGGAGGGACACCUAGAUUUGCAUCUUCUCUCUUCGGAGCCUGAGAACUGCAGGUUCAAUCCGAUCUCACUGAACCCUGGCAAUUGAUUAUUAAAAAAAGAGAGAGAGAGGAAAAAAAAAAUUAACCCUGGAAGAAGGGAGGUUCUGCCUUCGGCUGCCAGACUCCAUCUCUGAGGUGAUAUUGGUGUGUGAGUGUGUGUGCUCCUGUUUUUUUUUUUUCUCCUUUUCUUUUUCCUUGUUUGUUUCUUUCCUUUUUUUUUUUUUUUCUUCUUUUUUCCUUUUCUUCUAGGGCUCCAGGAUGGUAAUCUGCUCUCAGUGAGGUGAAUCCUGCUCUACCUUCUGCCAAGCCAGCCAUCCUCACCGCCACCCAGUGAAAGGCUAUGGUUGUCUCUUGGGUGAUCUUCUGGGCAUUACAGUUUUUCCCGGUUAGUUCUGGCCUCAGUUGGGAUUUCUUUGCCUUUUUGUGUGGCUGGAUGCUGAAAAAGGAUUUUCUGGCCAUCCGUUUGGUGAUCAUCCAGUGGUGAGCAGAAGGGGGGCUUCAUCCUUCACCCUGGCCGAAGCAGAAAAACAGUCGCUGAGAAGUCUCAAAGAAAUCUACCACGUGAGGGGGAAAAACUGGGAGAAGAUUCGGAAUAUCAUCGUUUUUCCUAUGGUCAAACCGGUGCCCCUCUUCAGGAGAACUGAUUUCAAAUUAUUAUUAUGCAACCACAAGGAUCUCUUCUUUCUCAGGGUGUGUAAGCUGCUGGAUUGCUUUUCGCCCAAAUCAAUGUGGUUUCUUUGGAACAUUUUCAGCAAAGGAACGCAUAUGCUGCAGUGUCUUUGUGGAAAGAGUCUUAAGAAAAACAAGAAUCCAACUGAUCCUCAACUCAAGGGCAUAGUGACCAGGUUAUAUUGCAGGCAAGGCUACUACUUGCAAAUGCACCCGGAUGGAGCUCUCGAUGGAACCAAGGACGACAGCACUAAUUCUACACUGUUCAACCUCAUACCAGUGGGUCUGCGUGUGGUUGCCAUCCAGGGAGUGAAGACAGGGUUGUAUAUCGCCAUGAAUGGAGAAGGUUACCUCUACCCAUCAGAACUUUUUACUCCAGAAUGCAAGUUUAAAGAAUCUGUUUUUGAAAACUAUUAUGUAAUCUACUCAUCUAUGGUGUACAGACAACAAGAAUCUGGUAGAGCCUGGUUUUUGGGAUUGAAUAAGGAAGGACAAGCUAUGAAAGGGAACAGAGUAAAGAAAACCAAACCAGCAGCUCAUUUUCUACCCAAGCCAUUGGAAGUUGCCAUGUACCGAGAACCUUCUUUGCACGACGUUGGAGAGACGGUCCCGAAGGCCGGGGUGACGCCUAGUAAAAGCACAAGUGCGUCGGCCAUCAUGAACGGAGGCAAACCAGUCAACAAGAGCAAGACGACAUAGCCAGAUGUGCAUGGGCAUGGUGACUCUGCUGUCCCGGGCACAGAUGAGUGAUUUAUCCUCCCUGGACACUCCUGCCUGCCCGGUGGUGGCCCAGGAGCAGAUGGCAGCAAGUGACCGCCAGCUAGCUCUUGGCUGCCCGAACUUCUUAGUUGCCACUGGAUAAAUCGAGGCCUGUGGUACACCCCCACAACAAGAAGACCUGGAUAACCAGCUCAACUCAGACCAUGGAAUGCCCUAACCAGAUAUGGAAUGCCUUUUUAAUCUCUUUUCUGUGACCGUGACACUUCAUGUGAAUGACAUCCUUUCACGAGUACACUCGAUCCCUUGCCUGCCAACAGCUCCCCCCCACCCUUCCCCAUAAUCCCUUAUUUUUGAGUCCCGUUUCAGGGAAAUCCACGUGUUUCAGUUUGAUUUUGUAGCACCCAAAUACAACUGAGUAAUUUCCUAGUUAGCCGCUGUAAACCUGUGCCAUCUGGAUUUCUCCCCAGUUUUUUUUUUUUACUUUACCUUUAUUCUAUUUAUUGUGAUUUUAUUUACUUUACUUUUCUUUUUUUUUAUUUUAACCCCUACAGGGCUGCUGUCAAUCCACUGUCUGUGACCUUUUCUUUCUUUCUUUUAUUCUUUUUUUUUGCAGGGAUCAUGUUCCUCUCAGUCUUACAUGUGGCAGUUGUUGGUGUAGUCUGGAGAGUGAUCAGGGAAUCAGAAAGCCUUCUCAAACCUAACAAGUACAAAUUGCACAUCUAAUGAUUAAAGAGUGCUGUCCCCCCGGGUCCCUACUCUCAAUUAAAGUCACAUAUAGAUACUCUACCCAGUGUCAGGUACUUGGUGGUCACGUGACACAACAGGGGUCUGACACUAAUGGGUAGGAAACCCCCCCCCCCAGUUCCUUUGUCCGUGCGUGUGUGUUUUAUACAUAUCACAAGCUUACUGGAAAUGGUAACAUUUGCCUUUGCCCAGCGAGCAAGACCCACUAGUUUUUUAGAAAGUGGGUCUAAAGAACUCUGUAGGCCUUGUAGGCCUGAUUAAGGUUCAUUUUUUUUCCUUUUCAUCUGCCAGUCCUCAUUAUUUGGUAAAAGUUUAAGAAAAGGAAAGAAAGAAAAUAAAUCAAUAAUUCCAACCUUCCAACCUCCCAGAAUUGCACUACCUAAAAUCCAUUUCCGUUCAAAUCCUUCCUGUUUUUUAAAUGAAGCAAACUUAGUGUCCUUCCCUGGUCUGGGCUGCAUUCCAAUUUCUACUCAGCAGAGCACGGACAGGUGGCUGAUGUAUUUUCCUUCCUGCAGCAGCAAUGCAAAUGUUAGUUGUCAACUAGACCUUCCUAUAUUUUGGUGUUUGAUGACAAGUUUCUUUUUUUCAAGUGGACAUACUAGGAUGAAUUUUUUAAAAAAAUGCUUUCUCUCUCUCUCUCUCUCUCUCUCUCUAGCUCAGCUUGCUAAGUUAGGUACUGUGUAUCCACCAGUCCACAUGUCUCACUCAGCUCUCUGGGGCCACCAUGUUUAUUUUCCUCAUGAUUGGGUCUGAGGUGGCCUGUGCCAUGGUCUCAGAAUGCCAUCUGUUGCCAUUCUAGGGAAAAUGAAAGGUAAUCCACCAUGUUCAGACACCAGGUUUUCUGGGUCCAUUCAGUUUGUUUCCUAUUGUUUCAUUUUGCUUUUGUAAUUGCCUUUGGAAUUUCAUGUAACUGAGCUUAGGAAAGACAACUCCUCAGAAAGUCCAUGAGUGAUCAACCACGCGGUGAAGAGACCACGCAAAAUGCUCACUAUUGGAAACAAAAAGGUUUUCAAAAUAUCCAGAUAACUAAACUGUUUGGGAAUUAAUCUGUUUACUUAUGUGUGUGGACUUCAUCCAAUUCAAUAUUUUCUUCUCAGAAGAGUUCAUUGAGACCAAACUGAACCUCAUUGAUAGAAAACUCUGUGUGGGAUCCAUACCCUGGCCUCUUGUCACUAUUAAACACUUCCUUGUGGAAGGCUGACCCAGUCACCAUUUUCUUCCAUCUGCACUGUAUUUACUGGGAAAUUAUUUUGUUACUGCUUUCCUGAGUCCCCAUGACAGCCCUUUCCCAGCAUUUAAAAAAACAAAUUUUUUUUGGCCUGCGUAGCUGAUUAAAGAUUUAGUAUUCAAUUUAACUGUUUAUGCUUAUUUCAUUUUCAUAUUGGAUUCCAUUUUAAUAAAUUUAAAAAAGUUAGCAUAAUGUUUGAGUAGAUUUAUUGUCAGGAAUGCUCAGGAACAAAAAAAAGACAGUCCCUUUGAUAACCCAUGAUUUCUUGUUAAGUCAUUUUAAAUUCUAUUAUUUUGGACAAGAUAUGUUCAAACAUGAGAUAAUAGCGUUCAGUAUCCAACUGUUAAAGGAAGACAUAUAGACCAGGCUAUCCGGCAAGCUACCAAUAACUUAGCUUGAAAUUCCCAUGAGAUGGGCUUAUAGACACUGCUCAGACCUCCACUCCCAACACACACACACACACACACACACACACACACACACUCACCCCAAACUCCUCUACCCAUUGGUUUUGAGUUAUUAACUCUUCUUACUUCUUUCCUGGUUAAAACUAAGACAAGGUUCAUAUUUUGUCAAAGAGGUUGAUGUAAACGCACACCUGGGUUCUGUUUCCUUUUUCUAAGUGAGUCCGUCUAGAAGGGGAUUUUUUUUUUCCCCUUUUGAAUGGAUGUCAACAUACUUUCUUCCAAUCCGUGUUUAGCCAUGUUGCAGAGGGUUCUUGUUGUCUGUGACUUAGUUAGAUCAUUGGCUCUGUGACUGGUCUCACCAUUGCACGGGAGGAAGACAGCUCUGAUGAACUGCAUGUAAUGGAACUCUGUACCGAGGACUGUCGGUAUGUAGUACUCAAACUGACAUACAAAGUCUGUCUGCAUUGUACAGUUUCUGUGUUCAAUAUAAUUUGUUGUAUUCACGAAUACAACAUCUUGAAUAAAAUAUUUAUAUGAAGGCAUAUUUAAAAAA